AAUUUUUAAUUUUUUGGUGCUUGGUUCGAAGCUUUUCAUUCGGACCAAUCAGCGUUGCGGGAAAAUCUGCCCAGCAAAUUUCUCGCCGAAAACCAAAAAUAUAGAAAAACCAAAAACCACAACUUCAGCAUCAAACCACCCAACAAGGCGAGGCUUCGCCAAUAUCCAUCACGACGUCCUCUGUCCCCCAUUGAUCUUUGCGAGUGAGGCCAGUAUUGGCCUCACCAGCUACUUCCACCACCAUGAGCCUCGCACGCCCCGCGCGUUGUCUCUUCUGCUCCCUAUCGCGCGGUCCUCUCACCUCCAUCCCCCGGCGACAGUUCCACCAAUCCCUUUCCCAAUAUGAGAAGGAGGAGAAAAAUGCUAUGAAAAAUCCACAUUCCGUUAAGCCCCCUAGGAAGCUUAAGCCAAAAAUGUUCAAGCCGUAUUCAGAAGAAGAGAAGAAGCGCCUUGGAGAGGAGUACACACCGGAUCAGAUCGCCGCAAUUGAAGCUGGUGAAAAGAGCAUCAGCCCGGAAGAUAUGGCUCGCCAGUUUCACCAGAGAGAUGACCCAUGGGCAUUCAAGUACCUAGACGACUUCUCCACCGUUGAGCCUGUCGUCGACCACCAUAUCCGCCGCCCAAUGACCAAGGGCGUCCCGAUCCCACGCAUGAAAUCUGAGCAGGAAUUGAUGAUGGAGGUCGCCAACUAUCUCGAACAAAUGCCUGAGGAGGAUGCCGAAAACAGGCCUGAAAAAAUCUUUGAGUUCAUGGAUGAGAUGAGCCUUGUGAAGGAUCCCGUCGACGAAUCUUCCUCUCUAGUGCCAGAUAUUACCCAGCCGUACGAAACAAUCGAUAAUAUUGGCGGAGGCCCGAACCUCCAGCUCAGAAAAGAAGAUCUAAAGCGACAAGCGCAGGAUCCAAAUAUCUUGGAGGCUGAAGACCCUGAAAUUCAACUAGAUUACGAGAAAGUCUCCCGUGCGACGGGUUGGCCUGUACGCACACUCAAGGGCUUACAGGUGAAAGCUCUGGUCCAGAGAAUGGUCGCCAACCAAACCCGUCUGGGCAAAAUCCGCCAGACCUCCAUUCUUUCCGUUGCAGGAAACGGCAGGGGUCUGUUAGGUAUCGGGGAGGGAAAAUCCCGUGACUUUGGAGAGGCGCUGAUGCAGGCUCACGCUCGAGCUAUUCGAAACAUGCGACCAGUCCUGAGAUAUGAGGAUCGAACCAUCUAUGGAGAUGUACGGGGGAAAGUGGGCGCUACAGAAUUGCAAUUGAUGCAUCGACCGCCAGGUUUCGGUCUCCGUUGCCAACAAAGCAUCUGGGAAAUGUGUCGUGCGGCCGGUAUUCGUGAUCUGGCCGCCAGAGUCACACGAUCCCGCAACAAGAUGAACACAGUGAAAGCUACCUACGAGGCUCUAAUGAGCCAGAAAGAUCCAGAAGAUAUAGCCCGCGCCCGAGGCAGAAAAUUGGUCGACGUGAGAAGGGUAUAUUACGCCGGAGCUCAGUAAAAUUGGCGUUUAGCCUCCCCUAUUUUUUACUUUUUGUCCCUUACAAUUUCCGCUAUUAAAGCAGAUCCUUCCCAUUUAUCUACGCAAUUCUGCUGUCACACAUUGGAUAGCGAAGCAGUGUCAUGAUAGAUAGCGUUGCGGGAUAUGCUUUUGUCUGCUAUACCUUGCCUACCUAACCGCUUGCUUGCGUAGUUUUUUUUGCAUGUACUCUACCCACUCCUGCUAUUAUACGGUGACGGUGAUGGCAUAUACUUGUAUUAGUAUGUAUGUGUUAUUUUUUAUAUUAGAAUAAAGAUAUUGUCUUCUGUCUGUUUUCAACGACCUGCUUAAUUAUCUAUAUCUUCUUUUAUAAAAAACCACAGAUCCGGACCGUCUCCUUCAUCAUCCAUUGAAAUCCAUGCAUAAAAAAAGAGAAUCGGAGACCGAAAACGCCAUCUAUCCAGCCAGCCAGCGACGAGGGUAUAAAGAAGACAGAAAGAAAAUAAAAUGGCCCAUUAACCCACCCACUCCAUAUCACGCACGCACAACAUACAACUUAAAUCACCCCAAUCCCUCCAAUUAAUCACCCUCCCCAUACCCAUCAUAACCCCCCUCACCUCCAUGAUGCUGAUGCUGAUGCUGAUGCUGAUGAUCAUGCCUAUGCCCAUCCCCAUCCUCCCCAUUAUAAAUCUGCUGCUGCAACACAAUACUAUACACACUCGCCUUGAGCAGCGUGCACACCGUCGCCGUCUUGCGUUCCAGUAGGCGCAGGGCAUCGAGCGUUUCCGCCGCAGGGCGGGUGGAGAGGUGCGCGAGGGAAUCGGAGAGCUAUAUAUAUAU